AUGCGGCUAUUAAAACCAACGUAUCUACGCUCAUUCCUGCUGCUCUGUCUGCUCACCGCCACCGGAUCAACGCAUUUACAACGCAUGCAAGACAUGGCAGUGAAUGAUCCGUUUCUCGAUACACUACGCCGAAUUUACGAAGAGGAUCCCUUUGAUACACUUUUCCUAUUACAAACAGCCAACAAAAGUUGUCUACCUAUUGACGAACUGUGGAAGCACUUACAAAUACCGUUGAUACUCGUCUCCGGCUAUAAGGCAUCGGAAGGCAAGCUAAAGGACCAUUUCAACAGUAAUAUUCUGACAGUAAUUUGCUUGCAAGAACAGCUCAAUCUCAAGCUACUCAGCAUUAUGGCCGCCAACUUACAACACAUACGUCAGACUCGCAUUAUUUUACGCAUCGCAGUCGCAAAACCCUCGCCCACGCUUCUAACUACGUUACGGAACUACUUGGAAGUUCAGAUCAUGUCGAAUGUGAUUGCGAUCUUCAAUGACUUCUACACAGAAUCACUGAUCUAUCGAUAUUACCCAUUUCCCAGUGGACAUUGGUUGCCCGAGCUUUUGAGUAAAACGCAGAUCUACUUUCCUUGUCACUACACUAAUCUGCAAGGAAGAACUUUCAUUACUCUGCCGGGACAAGCUGAGCCACGUACUAUGAUUUAUGAAGACGCCUCAGGUCAACAACAUUUGAGUGGCUACAUUGGCCGUCUGAUGAUCGCCUUUGCGGAAAAGUACAAUGCCACAUUCCAAUAUUUACAUCCAGUCACACCAGGUGACGGUCUACAUUUGAGCGUUCUAUGUGAUUAUGUCACGGAAGGUAUGUUGGACUUGGCAAUCACUUUCGUCUCAACAGCUUUUCUUGUGCAUAUCAACUAUUCUAUGAAGUCGUAUCCAGUGGAGUCGAUUGAAUGGUUUAUUGUAUUGCCAUGUCCGCAACCGGUAGAAUAUUCGAAAAUAUACUUGAUGGUCGUCACGACACAGGUCAUCACAAUUUUAGCGAUUUUGGGUUUGCUCUUCUCAAUUGUGGACAAUUUUAUACAUCAUAAAUUCUACAAAAAGUCAAAUGACUUCAAUUUGGUCAAUGUAUUAGUUAAUGAAAAUAUCUACCGCGGCGUUCUUGGUCUUUCCCUACUCAUACGGAAUCGUCCAAUACUUUCAAUGAAAAUGCUUUACACUUUUCUCUUUCUACUCGGCCUCUUCGUUAACAACCUGUAUUCAGCUUACUUCCAAUCGUUGCUCAUGAGCCCUCCACUGAAGCCGAGAAUUCUUACAUUCGAUGAUAUGCGACGGGCUAAUUUCAAAGUCAUGCUCAACCGCAAUGAAAUCGAAAUUGUCCAACAAGCUAUGGGACCUGCUUUCAAUAAAACAUUCAAGGAUAUAUUACAACUAGAAGAUACCAAAACAUUUAAGCGUCAUCGUGGGGAGUACGACACAACAUAUGGCUAUAGUAUGCCGGAAUCAAUUUGGCCCAUUUUCGAGUUACAACAACAAACAUUCGAGAGAAAAGUAUUCUGUUUGGCUCCAACGUUAAAAAUUUCUGACCAUAUAUUGAUGAGCAUACCCUUGGCUGAGAAUUCAUACCUAAUGGAGCCUUUGAACAAGAUGAUACUUCGAGUAAUCGAAACAGGUCUUGUGGAACAAUGGCGCACAAUGACUUUCAUGGAUAUGUGGGCAACUGGGAAAUUAUCGCUCAAGGACAAUAGUAGCAUCGAGCACUUUCACGAUAUUCGUGUGGAAGAUAUGACGUUGCCGUGGUACUUACUUCUCUGUGGACUGGGUAUGAGCAGUGUUGUUUUUAUUGUGGAACGUUUUGUGUUAGUGCAUUUCAUUAAAAAGACCCUAAAAAUAGCAUGCAAACCUCCGUCUGUGACAUCCUCCAAAAAACGCCUCUACAAUCUGAUUGAUUACAUCCCCAGACUUGUAAGUCUUUCUCUCAAACAC